AUGGCCAGCAGCAGUCAAAAUAUAGACGACAGCAGCAGUCAAAUCAUAGACGACAGCAGCAGCAGUCAAAACAUGGGCGACAGCAGCUGCAACAGUCAAAACAUGGGCGACAGCAGCUGCAACAGUCAAAAUAUGGGCGACAGCAGCUGCAACAGUCAAAACAUGGGCAGCAGCAACUGCAACAGUCAAAAUAUGGGCAGCAGCAGCAGUUCUUUCUUCAAGCUUCUACUUUCUCUUGUUCUGAUUCUUCUCCUCCAUCUCUUUUCCUCUUCUUCUUUUUCUUCUUCUUCUUCUUCUUCUUCUUCUUCAUCUUCUUCUUCAUCUUCUUCUUCUACAAUUUUCCCUCUUUCUUUCCUUCUUGCUUUUCGAUCAUUCGUUUUACUCUUGUUUCGCUUCCACUCCUUCUUCUCCUUCUCCUCUUCCUCCUCCUCUUCUUUUUCUCCUUUUCUUUUUCUUCUUAUUUCUUUUCUCUCUUUCUUUCUUGAUUCAUUCUUUUUCUCUUUCUCCAAACUUAUUAUUAUUAUUAUUAUUAUUAUCCUCUUUCUUUCUUUCUUGAUUCACUCUUUUUUCCUUUCUUAA